AUGGUUGCUGUUCGCGCAAAGGUCGGCUCCCGCGGCUUCACUCGCCAGAGGCAGCUUGCGAAAGGAAAGAAGGUGUUCAAGAUUGACUGCAGCAUCCCCGCCAGCGACGGUAUCUUCAGUGAUGAUAUCCUCAGCAACUUCCAGCAGUACUUCCAGGAUAAUGUGAAGCUAAACGGCCGCAAGGGAAAGCUCACCUCGAAGGUACGCGUCAACAUGCGUGAAAACAUUCUGUCCAUCACGACGACUAUGGCUUACCGCAAGAAGUACUUCAAAUACCUGACGAAGAAGUUCCUCAAGAAGAAGGACCUCCGUGAUUGGAUCCGUAUUCUCGCCAAGGGGAAAGACACAUACCAGUUGAAGUACUUCAACAUCCAGGAUCAGGAAGAAGCGUAA